AUGAGCGCGCACGAUCCCGGCACCUCGAACAAGAUCCACGGGCUGUCCGCUGAGGUCUCCAUCGAACAUCAACCACAUCAAACCGAGUGCGAAAGCGGUCCGGACUCCGCUCGCUUGCUAACAGUUUCCCCAUAUCUGGAACCAGAACAUCUCCUAGAUCUGAACACCCUCGACACUCCCAGCCGGCUUCUUGCUCUUGCAUCGACGCAACUGGAGCCGGCUUCAGGCAAAUACGCCACAGUCCCAUAUGAAGACGCGUUCGAUUGGAGCAGUCUCAUGGCAACUUUGAAGUCGCUUGCAGCCAAAGAAGCAUACCGGUGGACGCGGCAAGAGUUCUACGCUGUCGAGUUCAGGUCCAAGCUCAGGAGGAACAUCGACGUUGACCUCUUGUUCAAAUUAGACAAGGAAUCCCACAUCGAAGCGACACAGAGUGGAGGGCUUCUAAAGUACUGGUACGGCGUACCUGACAUGGAUAGGAGGAAUCUGGCAACCUGCUUCUGGCGGAAUAAGGAAGACGCAGUCAAAGGCGGUCGAGGGCCAUGGCAUAAACAGGCUCGGGCUGCUAUUUCCAACAUGUAUGAAGAAAUUGAUGUGAAAGGACUGCGCUUUACCAUCGAAGACGACGUGGGAAGCUGGAGAUUUUCUCCAUAUGCUUGA